CAAAGGAUGAGGUUGGAAGAGAAGUUACAAGAAUUCGCGAACAAUUGUUGAUCCUGAUUUAGACUCAAGUUAUUUUUGUUACUAAACGUGAACGUGUGGUUCAAGUUUAAUUGGUGUUAAGUGUAUUACAAUGCUUCAAGUGGAGUAUAAUUGCGGAGUAAUUUUCGUCGAAUAAUACUCAUUUAAAAGUCAGAAAUGAGUACAACGGAAAACUGGAAAGUGGAAGAAGUUAACGGAAGUUUCCAAGGAUUUGAUUACGGGUUGCUUGUACCUAUUUCAAGCAAAACUCCUGUUGCCGAUUCCGGGGAAAUUUUCAUGCCCAUAUGGGUGAAAAUCCUCUGGACGAUUACUUUCCUGGUCAUGAUUUUAGUUGCAUCGGGAGGGAAUUGUAUAGUUAUUUGGAUUGUCAUCGCUCAUCGCAGGAUGAGGACAGUCACUAAUUACUUCCUUGUUAAUUUAAGUUUAGCCGACUUACUUCUAACAACCUUCAAUUGCAUUUUUAAUUUCUCCUACAUGAUUCAAAGAGACUGGCCGUUUGGGAGUCUUUAUUGCAUUGUUAGCAACUUUAUUGCAAACGCUACAGUAGCAGCCAGCGUAUUUACCUUGACUGGAAUUUCCUGUGACAGAUAUUUAGCAAUCGUCCAUCCGCUUAAACCACGAAUGUCUAAACGGUCCUCACUUAUCACCAUUACGUUUAUUUGGUUGGCUAGCAUGACAGUGGCUUUUCCGUGUCUGUUGUACUCAACCACAAUCACAAAUAAAUAUAAAGGGAAAGAAAGAACAGGUUGUAUUCUUAUUUGGCCAGACGGUAAAGUCGUAGGCUCUCAUUUUGACUUUGCGUACCAGAUGUUUUUUCUAAUAAUAACUUACGUAAUUCCCGUCACAUUGAUGUCUUUUUCUUACACCAUAAUGGGGAAGGAGCUUUGGGGCUCGCGCUCGAUUGGGGAGAUGACCCAAAGACAGAUCGACUCGAUCCGGUCGAAAAGAAAGGUGGUGAAAAUGUUUAUAUUCGUGGUUUUUAUUUUUGCGAUUUGCUGGCUUCCUUACCACGGCUAUUUCCUGUAUGUUUACUAUGACACGGAGAUAAUAUUCAGUAAAUAUACUCAACACGUUUACCUGGCAUUUUACUGGUUCGCAAUGUCAAACGCGAUGGUAAAUCCUUUGAUAUAUUAUUGGAUGAACGCGAGAUUUCGUCAAUAUUUUAAGACAGCGAUUUGUGGCUGGAAAGAGUGUAUUUUGCACAAGAAAUGCAAAGGAGAUGACUCUUCCCUUAACACUGAGUUUCGACAAUCCCAUUCGGGGUUUUAUAGAUCGAGGAAGUCGAAACGAGAGGAAAAGUUAGGAGUCGAUAGUCCAAACAACGUUGCUUCACCGACAACGAAAACUCACGAAUUUGACGAAAGUUUUAAAAGAGACAAAGCGAAAAACACUCAAAGAUGGGUGCGAACGUCGUUUCGAAACGAUAGUAAAAGAACAACCGUCAAUUUAUAGUUAGUUUUGAGAACAGAAUAAUAAAAAGCGGUUGUACGUUAUCCAUUUUUUAAUUAGUUAAUUGUUGCGCAUUGUUACAGUGUAUUGACUUGAAUGUAAAUUCUGUGAUAUUUGAUAACAAUAACAAAAAUAUUUAUUUUUUAAAUAAAUUUACUGCCCUAGUUUAGACACAUUUUUGUUACAGGUAAAAUAAUCAUAUUUGCACCUAAGUUGCAACUUAUUUCGUGAAAUAAAUGAUUGGCGGCCUUGAAGUGAUCUUUAUUAUUAUUUUCGAGUUGGUAUAUCCCAAUUAAAUUUAGUGAAAAACAAAAAAAUGUCAAUUGAAAAAUAAAUUAUAUAGAAUCAACCAUUGUUUGAAGGAUGGUACAAAAUUGGUUGAGACGCUUUAGUUAAGUAACAUUUUUUUAAAUUUUAACUCUUCUAAUAAACAUUUGUUGAUUUUUGUACCAAGAUUGUUUUCAACUGUAUUCAGACAACUUAAAAGACUUAAAUUUACCAGAUCUUAGAAAUUCAACUUUGCAAUCAUUGUUUUCACGACUUUAAAUUUAAAGUAUGUGUUUCUGAAUAUUUUACAAAAAAAUGUACUCAGUUCAAUAAAAAAUAAAAGACGUAA